CUGUUAAACCUCACCUACCAUCUUCCACCCAGCCCGGUGGAAAGCCAUGUCCCCCGACUACGACCGGGCCCGGGAGAUCAAAGCCUUCGACGAGACGAAAGCCGGCGUGAAGGGCCUCGCGGACGCUGGCAUCACCAAGAUCCCUACCUUCUUCUUCCAACCCCCCGACCACUUCGACGAUAUCGAUCCCGCCGAUGCUCGCCUGCAAAUCCCCGUCAUCGACCUCCGAGGCGUCGACUCCGGCGGCGCCCGGCGGGAGGAGGUGGUCGGCGAGGUGAUACGGGCGGCGGAGACGCUGGGGUUCUUCCAGGUGGUGAACCACGGUAUCCCCGCGGCGGUGCUCGACGAAAUGCUUGCAGGGGUGCGGAGGUUCCACGAGGAGAAGGCCGAGGUGAAGAGGGAGUACUACUCCCGGGAUUCGAGGAGGAAAGUGAGCUUCUACAGUAAUUUUGAUCUUUAUCAGGCGCCGGCGGCGAAUUGGAGGGACUCCGUGUUCUGUUGGAUGGCGCCGGAGCCUCCGGAGCCGGAGGAGUUGCCCCUUGCUUGCAGACAAAUAACCUUUGAAUAUUCAGAUCAUGUCAAGAGACUGGGAAAUGUUUUGUUCGAAUUACUAUCAGAAGCCCUUGGCCUUCCCUCCAGCUACUUGAAAGAGAUGGAGUGUGCUAAAGGGCAUGCCCUUGUUUCAAACUAUUAUCCGCCAUGUCCAGAGCCACACCUCACUCUUGGAACUAGCAAGCAUUCUGAUCCAGACUUCCUUACCAUCCUUCUACAAGACCAUGUUGGUGGUUUGCAAGUACUUCAUCAGCAACAAUGGGUGGAUGUACCUCCCAUGGCAGGGGCUUUGGUGGUUAAUAUAGGCGACCUUCUACAGUUGAUCUCCAACGACAGGCUCAAAAGCGUCGAGCACAGAGUGCUUGCGAACAAUGUAGGCCCAAGAGUUUCAGUUGCAUGCUUCUUCACCGUGCAUCUUUACCCAUCCUCAAGGCUAUAUGGUCCGAUCAAGGAGUUGCUAUCUGAUGAAAGCCCGCCAUUGUAUAGAGAGAUCCUACUCAGGGAUUUUAUCUCGUACUAUGACUCAAAAGGACUCGAUGGACAAUCAGCUUUAAGUUAUUUUAAGUUGUAAUGAAGAGUGAACAGAACCUGUAUCCAAAAAAAAAGGAGUGAUCCAAAACAUUUGUAUUUUAUAUAAAAAUACAAUAAUCACCUGCUCAAGAAACAUCUUUAAAUUAAGGAAUUACAAAUA